ACUCGAAAUUCGCUCACGAAUCAAUCGAACUUAUCUCAUUUAAAUACUCAAUCGAAAUGAAUUGAAGCGUAAGAUAGUAGUUAUCACUUUUCUCAACCUAUGAUAACACUACUUUACACGCAUUAGAUCAAUACCCGGACAUUAAGGCAUCGAAUGUGUAGACAAUUGGUUUCAGUUCACCGGAACCGUUCGUUUGCACGUAGUGUCGAUUGUCGUUACACGUAAGAUCACGCUGAGAAAGCGCACGUAAGGCUUCUGUUGGGCCCGGUUCGCUUUUGCUGUUAGUCAUCAUAAACAGAAGUAAUAGGAUCUGUUUACCCGGGUACCGCCCUUCGAUAGAGCAGACGAUACCUGCGCAGGAAAGGCAGGAGGCCGAGCAAAGCAAAGAAGCAAGCAAAAAAAAAAACGGAACCAAAAUCAAACACUCUCCAAAACAUGGCUAAACAAAUCAUUACGUCGGCCAGUGGUGAACUGAUAACGUACAGAUCGGUCAUCGGUUGGGCGGUAUUUGUCGUGUGCUUUGCUCUCGUCGCUAAUCAUCAUCAGUUGCGAUUGACGGUUGAGGCAGCGGAAAGUUCACCACCGGCACACGUUACGCUUUGGUAUAAUAAACUCUCACGAUACAUACGGAAUCGUACCGGUAAGUUGGGCUGCACGGUAGAUAUGGACGGCCAAGGACCACCCUCGGAAAGUACGCUGGCAAUCUGGGAGAAGCAGUAUUCCCCUUCUGCUUGGAGCGUCCGCUUUCCCACACCAGCGGAAGUGAUCGACUAUCAUGUUCAGUUUGUAAAAAAUGAGACUGACAAGAACAAGGAUAUUUUUGAAACGACACUGGACGUACCGUAUGGUAGCGGCGAUCGGGACAAUGUGGACAUUUACGGCGACAAUCUGCCAGUUGAUGCACCGUUGUUCGUAUACAUCCACGGCGGAUACUGGCAACAGCUGGAGAAGGAAACGUCCGCCUAUCCAGCAAAACCACUCGUAGAACGAGGUGUAAGAGUGAUGAUCGUGGGUUAUGAACUGUGUCCAGAAAUAACACUGGAAGAGUUAGUACGCCAGAUUAAGGUCGCUGGAGAGUUUGUGUUAAAUUAUGCCACAGAAAACGGUGUCAAGCACGUUUCAAUUGCUGGACAUUCCGCAGGAGCUCACUUGAUCGCCAGUAUGCUGGACAAAGCUUUUCAAAGUGCCGUCGGGGAGGAACUUAAUCUUCUGAAGGAUGUAUACCUCAUCUCAGGCGUGUACAAUGUGCAGGAACUACGGUACACGAAAAGCGUUAACAGGGACAAUCUACUCGGGAUUAACGAUGCUAAUGCCAAGCGACUAUCACCCCUGUUCGCCAGUUACGAUCAUCUGCGAUCGAGUGGAUUAAAGUUUCACGUGUACGUUGCACAGCACGAUAGUGACGUGUUUCGUGAGAUGUCAUCAAAGAUGAACGAUCGGCUGAAGUCGUUUGGGCUGAAGAGUGAUUUGAACGUGCUGCCAGAUUUGGAUCACUUUGAUAUUGUAGAAAAUCUCGCUUCCAUUGAUUACACCAUCACGAACGCCAUCUUGGAGGGUGUUGGCAGCCAGCAGAAUUAGUCCUAGAAAAAAACAAUUAUAUAUUGUGCAAUUCUUCAAUAAAUAGUUACUUUGCGUACUCA